CCUCACCUUCCUCUUCUCCCUCUCUCUCUCUCUCUCUCUCUCUCUCUCUCUCUCUCUCUCUCUCUCUCUCUCUCUCUCCCCAUAUAUAACAAUGGCUAAUCCAAACCCAGAAGCUAAAGUUAUAACUGGUUCUACUCCACCGCAGCCGCAACCGCCGCCACCGCCGCAGCCGACGAAUUCGUUACCGGAAGAAGCAAUAGUUCCGGGGGUGAAGAAGCGCCAGAAUGUGAGGUUCGCCUUCGCCUGCGCCACCCUUGCCUCCAUGACCUCCAUCCUCUUAGGCUAUGACAUCGGGGUGAUGAGCGGGGCGGUGCUGUUCAUUCAGAAGGACUUGAAGAUCAGCGACACGCAGGUGGAGGUCCUGACGGGCAUCCUCAACCUCUACUCGCUGGUCGGCUCCUUCGCCGCCGGCCGCACCUCCGACUGGAUCGGCCGCCGCUACACCAUCGUCUUCGCCUCCGCCAUCUUCUUCGCCGGCGCCCUCCUCAUGGGCUUCGCCCCCAACUACGCCCUCCUCAUGCUCGGCCGCUUCGUUGCCGGCAUCGGCGUCGGCUACGCCCUCAUGAUCGCCCCCGUCUACACCGCCGAGGUCUCCCCCGCCUCCUCCCGCGGCUUCCUCACCUCCUUCCCCGAGGUGUUCAUCAAUACGGGUAUCCUGAUCGGCUACAUCUCGAACUACGCCUUCUCGCACCUGCCGCUGAACCUCGGGUGGCGGUUCAUGCUGGGCGUGGGCGCGAUCCCGUCCGUGUUCCUGGCCGUGGGCGUGCUGGCGAUGCCGGAGUCGCCGCGGUGGCUGGUGAUGAAGGGCCGGCUGGCGGAGGCCGCGUCGGUGCUGCACCGCACGUCCGACACCGCCGAAGAGGCCGAGCUGCGCCUGCUCGACAUCAAGAAGGCGGCCGGCGUCCCCGCCGGCUGCACCGACGACUUCUUCGCGCCCGCCAAGCGGCAGCGCGGCGGCGAGAGCGUCUGGAAGGAGCUGUUCCUCCGCCCGACGCCGCCCGUGCGCCGCAUCCUCGUCACCGCCCUCGGCAUUCACUUCUUCCAGCAGGCCUCCGGCAUCGACUCCGUCGUGCUGUACAGCCCCCGCGUGUUCCAGAAGGCCGGCAUCACCGACAAGAACAAGCUGCUCGGCACCACCGUCGCGGUCGGCUUCGUCAAGACGCUCUUCAUCCUCGUCGCCACGUUCCUGCUCGACCGCGUCGGCCGGCGGCCGCUCCUGCUCAGCAGCACCGGCGGAAUGGUGGCGUCGCUGGCGGGGCUGGGCAUCGGGCUGACGGUGAUCGGUCAUAGCGCCGGCGGCACCGUCCCGUGGGCCGUCGGGCUCUCGAUCGCCUCCAUCCUCGCCUACGUCGCCUUCUUCUCGAUCGGCCUCGGCCCGAUCACGUGGGUCUACACGUCGGAGAUCUUCCCGCUGCGCCUGCGGGCGCUCGGGUGCGCCGUCGGCGUGGCGCUGAACCGCUGCACCAGCGGCGUCAUCACGAUGACCUUCAUAUCGCUCUACAAGGCGAUCACCAUCGGGGGCAGCUUCUUCCUCUACGCCGGGAUCGCCACGGCCGCGUGGGUGUUCUUCUUCACGUACCUCCCGGAGACCCGCGGGCGCAUGCUCGAAGACACCGGAAAGCUGUUCGGAAUUAUGGAUACGGAUAAGGACGUCGAUGUCUGCGAUGAACAGCCACCUCACAAAUCCGUAGGAGAAGAAAAAGCAAUUCAACUUACUAACAACAAUAGCAGCAGUAACACUACUACUGAAACAGGGACUAACAGGCAAUUACCAAAAGUUUAGUGGCUUAGUUUGUUAGGGAUCAGAUUGUAAGAAGGAGAAAAAUGGGAGGACUUUAAAGAGAAAAAUUGUAAGAGGAUUGGUGUGACCACCCACCAAUGACAAUCGUUGGUUGAUGUAAUUGGAUACGAAAAGAGUACUACUGCUUUUCUUUUCCUUUUUUUUGUGUGUAAUUAUUGGUUGGUUGAUAUAA